AAGUCUUCCAACGAUUAAUGAGUGACUCAAUGUCGGAGGAAAAACGGAAAUUCGGUCCUGGUGGUUUUUGAUGGUUGUUUCUAAAGCAAAUCGACGAUUUUACAGACUCCCAAGAACAAAAAUAACGACCAACAAUGGCAGUUAACCCGAAAAUUCCUCUGCCUUUGGAGCCAAUAAGAUCGAGCGCUUUGGAAGACAGGAGGCUGUGGGUGGGUAACCUGGACCUGAGGAUAAAUGAGUUCCAACUUCUCAAAAUCGUUCAAACAUACGGCGAAAUCGAAAAGUUUGAUCUGCUGUUUCAUCGGUCAGGACCUCAGGCUGGACAGCCCAGAGGUUAUGCAUUCGUUACAUAUACAACAGUGGAAGCUGCCAUCAAAGCGAAAGAAGCUUUAAAUAAUGCUAAGCUGGGAUCCAAAAAUGCUGUUGUCCGGUGGGCUCAUACAGUGUCAGAGAGUGAAAUGGACAAGACGAAACCGAAGAUUGAUAUCCCAGCCCUGGCAGGGGCGAAAAAGGGGGACGCGAAAAUUAGCCGAGAAACUACGAUUCAAGCGAUUGAAGCAAAGCUGAAGUUGAUGAACGAAGUGGAAGAAGAAUUCGAACUCAAUAAACCUCUGGAGGGCACGUCCCUAAUCCAGCAGUACCAGAAGCCAGAACUACAGAAGCCUUCCUCCUCUAGUCGUCACCAUCCUCACCACCAAUACCAUCAUCAUCAUCGAUAUCACCACAGCCGUCCAUACUCACGACCCCGAUCGAGGAGAUAAUAUUGAUGUUCCUCAUUUUUUUUUAAAGAUUUUUUAACAUCAUAACGACGACUUAACUCUGAAUAAGUUCACAGUCUGUGUAUUUGUCUUCAUGUGUAGAAAUCAUAUUCGUUGAAGAGAUCAAGACUUGAUAACAUACCCCAGUAGGAUAAUUAAUAAUCGCCUAAAGGAACGUUGGAGAGCACUCCUUCAAUGUGUAAUUAUUUAUUUACCUCAAGUGUAUUUUCAUAAGCUAUUGAGUCGUUUAUGGAUAAUGAUACUAAUUUUUGACCGAUGAUAAUAAAAGAACUAAACGAUA